AUGGGAGCAUCGGAUCAACCCGUCAUCACAGCUCACCUGAAGCAGCUUUACGCGGAAUAUCGCCACACGGCGGACGUCGAAGCGAAGUCCCAAUUCUUUUCCCCAGACUGUCGCCAGAUCUGCCGAUCAAUGCCGGCCUUUGCCGCCAGAAACAGAGAUACAAUAAUGAGAUACCUCCGGGAGACUUCUGGUAAAGGGACGGAGAAGAUACAAAGUUACGCGGAAGACCCAGACAAGACGGCUGCUAUCCGUGGCCCAGGCAAUGACACCGUGGCUGGUGUCAGCACCACGAAGAAGAGCUUCUAUACGAUCCGACCGCUCACGGACGGUGAGUUGGAGUUUGGAAGCGAUGAGACUGCCGUACCUGCGGGGUUCGACUCGGCCAACGCCAUCAAGCUCCGAGCAGAAAGGGAAGGAUGGGUCGGCAUGAGGGUUGACUUGUGGGAUGAUGAGGGAACUGCCCAUGGAGGUGAAAGGCUGGGGAUCUUGGUGAAGGUGCAGUACUGGUGGAAAGAAGAACGGGGCGUGUGGUCGCAGAUAUUGCAUGAUAUCAUGUAUCUUGGCUCGCGGGACGGAACUGAGGGAACCCAGGGGGAGAUUUUGGAGUGA